GAAGGUGGAUCCGCCGCCCGGCUGCGGGCGCACGAGAGGGUCCACGGCGCUCCCGGCGAACCCCCGGCGCCGCCGGCGCCCCCGGUUUCGCCGCCGCCGCCGCCGCCGCGCCGCCCUCCUUGCCCCAAAAGCUUCGAAUGCGGCGAUUGCAAGAAGCUCUUCAGCACCGAAACCUCCCUCCAAGUCCACCGCCGCAUCCACACCGGCGAACGCCCCUACCCCUGCCCCGACUGCGGCAAAGCCUUCCGGCAAUCCACCCACCUGAAGGAUCACCGGCGCCUCCACACCGGCGAGAAACCGUUCAAGUGCGAGGAGUGCGGCAAAGCCUUCGCCAUCGCCGUCCGCUUGGCCGAACACCGCCGCAUCCACACCGGCGAGCGGCCUUACCGCUGCGAGGCUUGCGGCAAAGCGUACCGAUCCUUCUCCAACCUCUGGAAACACCGGAAGCUUCACCAGCAACAACGGCUCCAGCACGAACGGGAGGUCCUGGCAGAGGCGCAGGCAGCUGCCGGCGCCGUUACCGGCAACGUUACCGGCACCGUUACCGGCGGCGACCGGCAGGACUACGGCAGCGCCUUGGCCAUCAUGGAGACCAUCGAGAUUUACCCCGCGCCCCCCGAAAACGAGCCGACCGCCGCUGCCGAGGAGGAGGAGGGGGCUCUGGAUGACGUCACCGGCGGGGGGGUCUGAA